AUGUUCAGUUUCUCCCCUAACCACUCUGUCUUCUUUCAUGAGGCGGCGGGGGCGGGGGCGGCCCCUCACGGCCUUCUCCCCGACGGCAGUGGCUCCUCUUUCCAGCUCCCGCAGUCUUACUUCGACGGGAGCAGCAGCGCCCACUCGCUCCUCCUCCACCACCACGUCGCCGAACUCAUCUACCCAACCUACUCGUCGUCGCCGACGUCCUCCUCCUCCUGCGACUACCUCGACUUCAACGGCCAACCAGCGAGGCGCGUCCUAGGCACCAGAGACCUCCAGGGAAUGAAUUGUCCGGACGCGAGCCAUCGAAUGGCGCGAUACAGCGCCGAGGAGAGGAAGGAAAGGAUCGAGAGGUAUCGGAGCAAGCGCAACCGGAGGAAUUUCCACAAGAAGAUCGCUUACGCAUGCAGGAAAACAUUGGCAGACAGCCGGCCGCGAGUGAAGGGUCGGUUCACGAGGAAGGAAGAGAUGGAGAUUGAGAAGGCGGAGACCGCGACGGCAAUCGUCGUAAACUUAUUUAGCCAUGAUACCGGCGAGAGGAAACAGAGGAACAGUCGCAACGUGGAGGUGGACUGGAGGAGCCAGUUGCAGGCGGCGCUGGCGACAGAGGACGAAGCCGACAGCUGCUACAACGAGGAACUCAUUGCCAGCUUCACUGACGCCUUGUCCGUCAAUCUCUACUCCUAAAUACUCAAGAAGGAAAUGUACGACAGAUGGUAGAUUUAGUUGCAGCUGUUGAAACAGAGUAGAUUCUGAAGCUGAGUGUUUGAGUCUGUCAGUUGCUAAUGUACACCUUAAGACCAUAGGAAAUUAAAGAUUUUCGUGAUCUCUCAC